AUGUGGGUCAUCCCUGUGUCUGUAGAUCUGACUGAUACUAGUAAACAGCUCUUGAGAUCGUGUGCAGAGCAGGCAGGAAUACCCUCUGAUCAGUUAAUGUUUGUUACAGAAACGGAAGCCGCAUUCAUCUAUUGUCAUCAUUCACUAGGUCGAGAACAUAACCAACACUUAAAAGACGUAACUGAAUAUAUGGUUGUUAACCUUGGAGGUUCUUUUGCUGACAUAACAAUCAUCAAGAAAGAUGGUACUCAAGUGAUAGAAAGAUAUCGGACAGAAGACAAUGAGUGCGGUGGCUCAUUAGUAAAUGAAACCUUCUUAAAAUUUCUAGUUAGAAUAUUUGGUUCGCAAUUUAUGACGUCACUACAAAAAGAACAGCCGUCUGUUUUUUCGGAUAUAGAGGAAGAACUGGAAUUACUUAAAAGGAAUGUUAAAGGAAAUCAUAGUGGCAAAAUUAACUUUUCAUUUCCAUAUUCUAAUAUCGAUUCUUCCAGCAAAAACUACCUAGGUAAAGAUCUACAUGAAGCAAUUUGUAGUUCUAUAUAUGGCAAUGAUAUUACUCUGAUAGGGGAUAAAAUGCGAAUUAAUUCCGACUUGUUCUGCAAUUUUUUCAAGCCAACAAUUGACAAGAUUAUUAACCUGAUGGAAAACGUGUUUGUAGAUUAUAAAGAUUCACACGAAGUAUCGGCUAUCGUCAUGGUUGGAGAAUUUUCGAAAUGUAUUUUAGUUCAAGAAGCUGUGAGACAAAUGUUUCCCAAAAAAGACAUCAUUAUACCGACAAAUCCUGGACUAGCAGAUAUUUUGGGAGCAGUUUUAUGUGGACACCAGCCUUGUCAGUACAAGCCGAUUUCUCCGUCUCAGGCAUUAAAAGAUAACACAUUUGCUGGAAAAGGAACUGCGUUGGUGACAUUAAAGGAGUUUGAAGAUGUGACUAUAGCAUUUAGAAUGAUGAUUGACCAGCCAACAUCACCAUAUGGAUUUGAUGUUUAA